CCAGCAAGAACACGAAGAUUGACAAGCAGAGGGAGACAGACUAAGGUAUUGGGUUUCCAAGGAAAACACCAAUAUCAAAAUGAUGCAAUCUGAGGAUCAUCAUCAUCAUCUAUGCAGUACCUGUGGUGAUGCCAAUGGGGAAGUGUUUGUGGCUUGCCAUGAAUGCAAUUCCCCUAUUUGCAGGGCCUGUUUUGAUGAGGAUGUCAAGGAGGGGCGCAAAGUUUGCUUGCAGUGUGGCACUGCCUAUGAUGAGAAGUCACUGGCUGAGCACGAAACAAAGGUAUCCGGCACCCGAUCCACAGUGGCAUCUCACCUGGAUAAUGCUACGGAUGUUGGAAUUCAUGCUAGACAUGUCAGCACUGUGUCUACAGUGGAUAGUGAAUAUAAUGAUGAAUCUGGGAAUCCAAUAUGGAAGAAUCGAGUAGAGAGUUGGAAGGAUAAAAAGAGCAAGAAGAAAAAGGAUGCGGCUAAGGCAGAAAAGGUGGCUGAAAUUCCACCUGAGCAGCAAAUGGCAGAUAAUCUUGCCCCAGAUGCUGCGCAACCACUUUCAACUGUCGUUCCACUUCCAUCUAGUAAAAUCACACCAUACAGGAUUAUAAUAAUUACACGACUGAUCAUUCUUGGUCUCUUCUUCCAUUAUCGAGUCACAAAUCCUGUUGAUAGUGCUUAUGGUCUAUGGCUCACUUCUAUCAUAUGUGAGAUCUGGUUUGCUUUUUCUUGGGUGUUGGAUCAGUUUCCUAAGUGGUCUCCAGUUAGUAGGGUUACAUAUAUUGACACUUUAUCGGCCAGAUUUGAAAGAGAGGGUGAGCCUUCUCAGCUAGCUCCUGUGGAUUUCUUCGUGAGUACAGUCGAUCCAUUGAAAGAACCACCCUUGAUCACUGCCAAUACUGUGCUUUCCAUUCUUGCUAUUGACUAUCCUGUGGAGAAAGUUUCCUGCUAUGUGUCUGAUGACGGUGCUGCCAUGCUUAGUUUCGAAUCUCUUGUAGAAACAUCUGAAUUUGCAAGAAAGUGGGUUCCAUUCUGCAAAAAAUUCUCGAUUGAACCACGUGCACCUGAGUUCUACUUCUCACAGAAGAUUGACUACUUGAAGGAUAAAGUGCAACCCUCUUUUGUGAAGGAGCGCAGAGCAAUGAAAAGAGACUAUGAGGAGUUCAAAGUGAGAAUGAAUGCUUUGGUAGCAAAGGCUCAAAAGACACCAGAAGAUGGCUGGACUAUGCAAGAUGGAACACCUUGGCCAGGAAAUAACUCACGUGACCAUCCUGGCAUGAUCCAGGUUUUUCUUGGACAUAGCGGCGCCCUUGACAUUGAGGGAAAUGAGCUUCCUCGAUUGGUUUAUGUCUCCAGAGAGAAGAGACCUGGGUACCAACACCACAAGAAAGCUGGUGCUGAAAAUGCUCUGGUAAGGGUGUCUGCAGUUCUCACAAAUGCCCCAUUCAUCCUCAAUCUCGACUGUGAUCACUACGUUAACAACAGCAAGGCAAUUCGUGAGGCAAUGUGCUUCUUGAUGGAUCCACAAGUUGGUAGAGAUCUAUGUUAUGUGCAGUUUCCUCAGAGAUUUGAUGGCAUUGAUCGAAGUGACAGAUAUGCCAAUCGCAAUACAGUUUUCUUUGAUGUUAACAUGAAAGGACUGGAUGGCAUUCAAGGACCGGUAUAUGUGGGGACAGGUUGUUGUUUCAAUAGGCAGGCACUUUAUGGCUAUAGUCCUUCUAUGCCAAGCUUAUCCAAGGCAUCGUCCUCAUCCUGUUCUUGGUGUGGCUGCUUCUCUUGUUGCUGCCCCUCCAAGAAGCCAACUAAAGAUCUGUCAGAGGCUUUCCGAGAUGCAAAACGAGAGGAGCUUGAUGCUGCCAUUUUUAACCUCAGGGAGAUUGAAAACUACGAUGAGUAUGAGAGGUCAAUGCUGAUGUCCCAGACCAGCUUUGAGAAAACUUUUGGCUUAUCAACUGUAUUUAUUGAGUCUACACUAAUGGAGUAUGGAGGAGUCGCUGAAUCUUCCAACCCAUCACUAUUAAUCAAGGAGGCAAUUCAUGUCAUUAGCUGUGGUUAUGAAGAGAAGACCGCAUGGGGAAAAGAGAUUGGUUGGAUUUAUGGAUCAGUCACUGAGGAUAUCUUAACUGGUUUCAAGAUGCACUGCCGUGGAUGGAGAUCAGUUUACUGCAUGCCCUUGAGGCCUGCAUUCAAAGGUUCAGCUCCCAUUAAUCUUUCUGAUCGUCUGCACCAAGUCCUCAGGUGGGCACUUGGAUCUGUGGAAAUCUUCCUCAGUAGACAUUGUCCUCUCUGGUACGGGUUUGCAGGAGGCCGCCUCAAGUGGCUUCAGCGCCUGGCAUACAUUAACACCAUUGUUUACCCCUUCACAUCCCUCCCUCUCAUCGCUUACUGCUCGCUGCCUGCAAUAUGCCUUCUCACAGGAAAAUUCAUCAUCCCAACACUUUCGAAUCUGGCAAGUGUUUUGUUUCUUGGCCUCUUCCUCUCCAUCAUUCUCACUAGUGUCAUUGAGUUGCGGUGGAGUGGUGUCAGCAUCCAAGACUUGUGGCGUAAUGAGCAGUUCUGGGUCAUAGGAGGUGUUUCAGCCCAUCUCUUUGCUGUCUUCCAAGGUUUCCUCAAGAUGUUGGCUGGUGUGGACACCAACUUCACUGUCACAUCUAAAGCGGCCGAAGAUGCAGACUUCGGAGAGCUCUAUAUGAUCAAAUGGACUACACUUCUGAUUCCCCCAACUACACUCCUCAUUGUGAACAUGGUUGGUGUUGUUGCUGGAUUUUCUGAUGCACUAAACAAGGGUUAUGAAGCUUGGGGGCCACUAUUUGGCAAGGUUUUCUUUGCCUUCUGGGUGAUUCUUCAUCUCUAUCCAUUCCUCAAAGGUCUCAUGGGACGCCAAAACCGGACUCCAACCAUUGUUGUUUUGUGGUCAAUUCUGUUGGCCUCUGUCUUCUCUCUUGUUUGGGUCAGGAUAAAUCCAUUUGUGAGCAAAGUCGAUAACUCAGCCCUUACUACAGACUGCAUUUCCAUCGACUGUUAAGUCAGUUGCCAUAACCCAAAGAUUUCCAUAAUUUUUGGAUAUUCAUUAUAGUUUUUUUGGCUGCGACAGAGGUUAGAGGUGUAAAAGAGAUUCGAACUCUAAUCUUAGCAAGGAAGAUAAAUGCUCUCUGUCACUAGAGCUAUAACUCUCUACGAUUUCGUUAUAUUUUGAAUGAGAGGAAAUCAAGAUUUCUGGGAAUCACAUGUUCAUUUCUUUGUGGAUCUACCAGACAGAUUUUUUUUUUUGGUUAGAAAGAUGUGUAAUGGAUUUUAUUUUUGGGUUUGAAUUAAGCAUUUCUGGAGCAAUAUCAAUGUAAAAAGAGAUUGUAAUUGUUCUUCCAA